AUGGAAGGAGUGUACAUCUGCAGGGCCUGUCGCACACGCUUAUCACUACCUCGCAUCGGCGCACAGUGUGCUCUAUCAACGGCAGCCAAUCCAGCUUCCAACAGCACCACCGCGCAAGGCAAAAUACCACUAAGCUCCCUCACACCGUCCGAUCUGUCAUAUUACUGGGAGACCAACAUCCCCAAUGAAUCCCAACUCGCCUACGCAGACAAAUUCUUCGCUCCCUCGCGCCAUUCGCCGGUCAAGCUCUGGUCCGCGAGCAAGUUUCGGACACUGCCUCUCGAGUCGAUUGAGCCCGAGGUAGCGUUCCUGGGGAGGUCCAAUGUUGGGAAGAGCUCCUUGCUCAAUGCGAUAAUGGGGAAAGAGAUGUGUUACACAUCCUCCCACCCGGGGAGAACGAGAGAAAUGAACGCGUUCGGGAUCGGAGGGACAAAAGGCGGAGAGUCGAAAAUUGUCCUGCUGGAUAUGCCGGGCUAUGGUAAAGCAAGUCGACCUGAAUGGGGGAUUGAGAUCAUGAAGUACCUGCAAGGGAGAAAACAGCUGCGACGGGCCUUCUUGCUGAUGGACACCUUGCACGGGCCAAAGGAGAACGACUUGGAUAUCCUUUCGUUAUUCCGUCAAUACGCAAUUCCCCAUCAAGUCAUCCUGUCCAAAGUCGACCGCGUCCUGACGAAGAAGGGCAAGCCUCUCAAAAACGGUGUGGCGGAAUCGAAAAUCCAAGAACUAAGAGAAAUACUGCAUGGCUUAAGGCCGGUAGUCCAGCCCGAUCCCCGACUAGAGGGGCCUGGCGCGCUGGGUGAGAUCCUGACCUGCAGCGCCGAAACUAAGGUCGACAAGACAAAAGUACCCCUAGGUGUCAGUGCGAUCCGUUGGUCGAUUUUGACUGCUGCUGGAUUUGGUGGCAGUGUGGAAACGAAACAGCCGAUCGCACCGUCCCAGGUUGCCUCUACAUACUCCGCGACUGCAGCAUAA